GAAGUGAAGGCCACAGGCAAUUUUUCAUUUGAGCAACAUUGUACAGAAUUUACUAAGUGUCUGCUAAAAAAACUGGUAUCAUUCGGUGCCCAAUCUAUACUACUAAGGUGUUUCAAGAAUAUGAAAUUGUGCAGCAACUCAACACUGUUCUUUCACGUAGAGAUAUACGUUUGUGUGACUAUGAUGGUAUUGUAAAACUACUCAAAAUAUUUGUUGAUUUUGCCGACAAUCAUCCCGACAAUUCAAUACGUACCGAGUUGGAUCAAGGCGGGAUACUUGAAAAUCUAACGGCUAUUGUAAAAUCGGACACUGCUGAAUACAUGAACAAGAGGGUUGCUGGCCAGAUCAUUGAAACGUGUUUCCAGCAUCGGGUUCACGUUGCUAGUCCGGACAUUCAGCCAUACAACGACAAUGCCAAAAUUGAUAUGAGUUCUGGAAUGGCCGGAUAUGUACAUGGAGAGGUACGCACACUUGUCGAAAUGCAAUAUAUCCAAUAUCUGCAAUCUAUACUUUGCAAACCCAUGUGGUGGAUCGAUAUCACAAACCAGCAUAUUGUGGAGCAAUGGAGGGCUGACUCACUCGAUCAGAAUAUAUUGCCAUCAACAUUUAAUCUUGCAUUGGAACAACUCGGGGUUUUGUCAAACAGCUUGUUUGUAGUGGCAGUGAUGGAUUUGGUACAAUUGUCCCAGGACCUGUUGAACUGACGUAUAUACUGGACAAUGGCAU